AUGGCCGCCUCCUCGACUGCUGCUGAGGCCUCCGCGCCGGUGCCGGUGCCCCCAGCAGGCCUGAAGGAGGACAUCGCGGGGCUGUACGACGAGUCGUCGGGAGUCUGGGAGCGCAUCUGCGGCGACCACCUGCACCACGGCUUCUACGAACCGGGCGAUGCCGCGUCGGUGCCCGACGUCCGCCGCGCCCAGAUACGCACCAUCGACGAGGCGCUCGCCUUCGCCGCCGUCCCAGAUGAUCCAGAGAAGAAGCCCAAAAUGAUAGUUGAUGUAGGAUGUGGCAUUGGAGGCAGCUCAAGAUACCUGGCGAGAAAAUACGGAGCACAGUGUACGGGCAUCACGUUGAGCCGUGUUCAAGCUGAAAGAGGGAAUGCUCUCACUGCCGCCCAGUGCUUCUCAGACAAGGUUUCCCUCCAAGAUGCUGAUGCUCUAGACCAACCGUUUCCUGAUGGGAUGUUUGAUCUUGUAUGCUCCAUGGAGAGUGGUGAGCACAUGCCGGACAAAACGAAGUUUGUUAGUGAGCUAGCGCGCGUGGCGGCUCCCGGAGGGACAAUAAUCAUCGUGACAUGCUGCCAUAGGAACCUCGAGCCGUCUGAAAACUCCCUGAAACCGGAUGAACUGAGCCUCCUGAAGAGGAUAUGCAAUGCAUACUGCCUCGCGGAUUGGUGUUCACCUGCAGACUAUGUCAACAUUGCCAAGUCACUGUCUCUCGAGGAUAUCAGGACAGCUGACUGGUCGGAGAACGUGGCCCCGUUUUGGCCCGCUGUGAUAAAACUAUCACUGUCAUGGAAGGGCCUGACCUCUGCGUUAACAUGUGGAUGGAAGACAAUCAGAGGGGCGAUGGGGAUACUGCUGCUGAUCCAAGGCUACAGGAAGGGGCUCAUCAAAUUCACCAUCAUCACCUGUCGCAAGCCUAGAGCAGCUUAG